CUCGUCACAUCGCUGCAACUUUCCCUCCGUGUGUGUGGACUGAAAUGAUUACCCGGAGCGUUUCCUCGACACACAAACGCCACAUGGUCGAUGCUGAACCCUGAAACCUGAGAUGUGGACGGGACUCACCUGAGCGGACUAAACGUCAACUUCUAAACAAGCUUCUUGUGUGCUUUUGUGGAGUAAAAACCCGGAAUUUGAUUAAAAAUGGGCGUGCAGUGGAUGAACUGCGUUUUCUUCCUGGCGUGUUGCUCUGGAUUAACGUUUGGGAGUCCAAACAGAUGCGACGAAGUGCGAAAAGUUUUCCAACUCCGACAAAUUGGACCAAAUCAGUUAUUGCCUUUAAGCCCCAGAGCAGGUUCAGACCUCCAAGUGUGUAUGUCCAAGAACCUGACUUGCUGCACCAAAAAGAUGGAGGAGAAGUACCAGGUGGCGGCUCGGAGAGACAUCCAGAACCUUCUCCAGACGUCCAGCUCCAGCCUCAAGUUCCUCAUCUCACGCAAUGUGGCUGCUUUUCAAGAGAUGUUUGAGGCUCUGAUGAGGCAGGCGGAGAAUCACACCAACGCUGUCCUCCAAGAGUCAUACCGCAACAUGGCUGAUCAGGCCGUGGGUCCUGUGCGGGAACUCUUCACUGAUAUCAGUCUCUUCCUGCUGGGGUCUGAGCUCAGCGUUGAUGACUUAGUGCAGCGAUUCUUCGACGCUCUUUUCCCGCUGGUCUACAAUCACCUCAUCAACCCUGGCCUCAGCCACAUUUCACAGGGCUACGCCGAGUGUGUAAGGUUGUCCAGCCGUGAUGUGAGGCCUUUUGGUGGUGCGCCCAGCGUCCUGGCUGAUCAGAUUGCUCGCUCUGGGGUCUCUGGGAAGCUUCUCCUUCAGGCUUUGCACCUCGGCAUCGAGGUCAUCAAUACCACGGACCACUUACAGCUGAGCCGCGAGUGCAGGCGGGCCCUGCUCAAGAUGCACUAUUGUCCUCACUGCCAGGGUUUAACCCAGUCCAAGCCGUGCAUGGGUUACUGCCUCAAUGUGAUGCGGGGCUGUUUGGCAAGCAUGGCAGAGAUUGAUACCCACUGGAGGGAGUUUGUUCGCUCGUUAGAGAGCCUGUCAACACGGAUGCACGGACCCCAGGAUUUGGAGCAAGUGCUUCUGGGAGUUCACAUGCUGCUUCAUGAUGCUGUCGGACAUGCUCAGAAAAAUGGACCCCGCCUCUCAGCACAGGUGCACAAACUGUGUGGCCCACCGAGCAGGAAGUCUGCGCAGUCAGUCAGCAUCCAGCACAGCAGCAGCAGCAGCAGAGAAUCCAUCCCUCUUAAAGCUCCUGUCAGAGUGUCAGGGGACUCACUGGCUGUCAGGCGAAGAGACUUUCUGAACAGUCUACGUCUGUAUCGUACGUACUAUGGCGGCCUGGCGGAUCAGCUGUGUGUGAGUGAGCUGGCCUCCAGUGACGGGCUGUCCUGCUGGAACGGAACCGACAUCGUAAAAAGCUACACCCUCCGUGUGGUCGGCAAUGGGAUCAAGGCUCAGAGCGCCAACCCUGAAGUCAAAGUGAAGGGAGCAGACCCUGUAAUCAAUCAGAUCAUUGACAAACUGAAACACAUCAAUCAGCUGUUGCAGGGGAAGUCCAUUCCUAAACUGGGAUCACUGGACCAAAUUGAAACUGGAAGUGGAGACCCAGAGGGACGUUACAGCGGCGACUGUGAUGAUGAGGAUGGCUGUGUUGGUUCAGGUGGUGGUGAGGUGAAGAGGAAAGUCUCCAGAGUCUCCAAAUUGAGUCCAGAUGUGACCGGGGAUCACAAACAUCAUCAUCAUCAUUAUCCUGCCGAGGAUUCAGAGAUGAGGGGCACAUCCAGGAGCCUUGGACUGACGGGGGCCAUCUGGGCCUUGAUAUUGCCUUGUUUGCAUAUGCUGCUGGCCUUGUAACAGCUGCCCUUUUUGCAGCAAGAAACAUUCAAGACUUGAUUUCAAGCUUAUUUAUCCAGAAACCAGUGGACAUAACAAGCUCCAAUAUGUAAUGGAGCACCACUACCACACAGUGCAGGACACGGUAGGAGUGAGCAUUAUGGAAAUUACAAGACACUGUGGCUUAUGUAAGACAGCAUAUUGUUCAGCUUCACGAAUAUCCAUUAUUUUUUACCUGGCAUUCAUUAACACUAAUAAUGACUUAUUUAUAACAGCUGAUGUCAAGAAUAACUACAGCGUUUGUUGUAAAAGAUUGGUAUUAAUUUUAUUGUAUUUCUACGCAUAAUAUAUAUGAUUUGUAGAUAUAUAUGUAUGCAUAUCACUGUAAUGCACUCCACACAGUACAGGUUGUACUUCUUUUAAGUGGAGUUUUAAAACUGCUGUGAAAUCAAAGUAAUCUAAAAGGUUACUUUUGAUGUUGGAUUUGAAAUUGAAAAAAUCUCCACAGCUCUUGCGUUUGCAAUAUUUGUACAAGCCCAAAUUAAAAAGGCCGGUUAUUCUAAUACCAACCAAGAAAUCCCUAUUGAGUAUGAAACAUUUUUCAUACAAAUGUGCUUCAGAUCAUAGAAAAACAACAGGAAUCCCUCGGAUGUGGACCGUAUGUUCUUGUGUAUUUUAUUAGGAGCAAAAAAGAUUUCAAGACAUUUGCUUCUCUUCAUUUGUAAUAGCUGCCAUGCUGUCCAGAGUUCAUUUAAUUGGCACAUUUCAAUUGCAAAAUUGACCUAUAAUUCUACCACUGAGAAAAAUGAUGAGAGGAGAGGGGUGGGCAGGGAGAAGUGGGGGGCAAGUGAGAUGUGAAUUCAUACUUCUUUCUUCUUUAGGAAUAGAUUAGUUUCUUCAGGAGUCUAUUAUCACCUUUCAAACUCAAUCCUCCUCUGCCUUCAUAGGCCUGGAUGGGAGCUGAUAGCUUCUGGAGCCACUGGUGAGGAAGAAUCCAAUUGCUCCUACCUGCUACCUGACUGCAUACUGCUGGUGUGUUUCUGGCAGGUUUCUGUGCAAAGAAAGGAAAAUGAUUUGUUUCACAUAUGUCAUGCAUGUCUGGUCAGUAGCUGAGAGAGAAAAGUACUCAACGGUACUAAAAAUUGGUUCCUUUUCUCACAUAUGCUGGGGAGCUACUUGUAAAGCUACAGAAAUAAUCCUGUUGAGAUGCUGCAAAAGCUAAAAUGAUACUCUUUAGAAUCAAAAUUCACUAUUCAUAUGCAGUGUUUAUGCACGUUUACAUACACACCACAGAAAUAAACAAGAAAAACAUUAAAGCUGCUGCUGUAAAUAGACGACAGUGUAAAAAUUAACAUAAACAUUCAAUUAGGGCUCAAAACAGCCAAAGGUAGAAUCUCCUCAGGUUCUCUGUUUGAUCAUAUAUGCAUGGGCGCAUCUUGGUGGGGAAGCAGGGGACACAUCCCCCUCAAUAAUAAGUACAUUUAUUCCCCCCCAAUAAAAACAGUUGCAGAGGACUAUCACGUCAAAGAAACGCUAGAACAUGACUCAUAGAGACAAUAAUGCCUCUGGUAACGUAGUAGGUAGUAUGUAACCUCAAAGCAAUGGUUGCAUUUCCUGCUGCAGGACAGGCCCUAAGGAUGGACUGGAGUAAACAAGGCAGAAGCUGCUCUAAUUUAGCUGCAAAUUAAAGAGAGAAAGAUUAACCUUAAGGUGAUGUCUUAUACUGUCAACUAUGACAAAGUAUUAUGGCCACUCUUAGACAAGUUUAAUCAACAAAGAUUCAGUGAAAGAUGUCAUAGCAUAAAGAGAAACAAAUUCAAUAUUUUGAGAAUAAAAUCACAAUAGAAUAGGUUCUACGUUUUAGCAUGUUUAACUGUCUAAAUUUAGUGUUUUCCUUCACAAAAAUACAUUUCCACAAUGAAUUGGUACAAAAAGAAAUCACCUGAAUGCUGAAAAUUAAGUGUAUGACACUCAAAAUUUCCUUAGCGAGGACUGCCAAACCCCCAAUUAAAGAAGUAUUUCACCAAUAUGAAGAGUGUCUUCACAUAAAACCAGUUCUCUUAGUUUCACAUCCUUUUAGAGGCUAUUCCAAGUGAGGGAAGCAGAGCACAUAAAAUCUGUCUCUUGAUCGAUACUCUUUGUGUCCACAGUGGCAGACAGUAUGGGUGGCAAGCGAUGCAAAAAUGUGGAAAUACAGCCUGUAGCUCAAACAAAAUCCUGGGAAAGCCAGCGAAACUCCACCAGAUGAUGCAUUUUGCAUCACUUGCGUCAUCUGGAAGAGUUUCACCAGUUGGGUUGGAGGGAUAUCUAGGCAUUGGUUAGAUGGUGGGUAGUUUACCAUAGUUCAUUUACUCACACUACCUACAUUGUUUUGAUACAAAGCUGGUUGAAAAUCAACAAAGUAUCCCUUUAAUAUUUGUACCCCCCAAAGUUAAAAUGAAAUCUGCGCCCUGCAUAUCUGAUUUGCAGAUCAUAGCCUGCGACCUUCCUUAUUCUGCAGUUGUCCUAAAGCAUGCAUAGUAAUUAUUGUCAUUAGUCAUUUUCACCUUUAAUACACCAGAUGAGGCUUUUUUAUCAUGAUAUAAAGUCAAGGCUGUUUGAGCAUCUGAAGCACUUGAAUAGCUCGGAGCUUUUUUAACUCCAGUCUCAAGGUUUAUAAAUGAUAACUUUGAGAUUAAAAAUAUUCAUCACUUCAUACUGCCCACUGAAUUUAAUGUCUUGUAUGAGGCUUUUUGUUUUGGGGUUAGAUUCCCAAAUGACAGCAGUCCCUGCUUAACAACCUUAACACAGUCGUUUCACUACCUAACAAGUCGUGACCGCUCCCCCAAACCAAUUAUAUCACAAGUUGGCACCAUCACAGUCAGUGCUGCUGUCAUUUGAACAGCUGCGUUAACUACACCCUUAAAGAAUAGGGUUCAGUCUCUAACUAGAUAACAGGCAGCAGGCACAGAGACAGAGGGGCCUUGAGGCUAAAUAUAAGAUGUCAGGUUAUCCUGGUGUUCCUGUACUUAAAGGAAUAAGUUCAGUUUGAUGUCUGAUGUGAUUAUUAUGGCUCCACAUUGUGACAGUUAUUUAGAGGAGGGAGGAGAGGGGCCAGAUGCUGAUGAUGAUGAUGCCAAUGUCGUGAUGUUUACCCAUAUCCAGACAGGUGUCAUCCUGCAGGCAUUGCAAUGUGUCAGAGGCUCUUGAAUAACAUGUUUACUCUCUAAUAUUUUAUUCAGAGAGUGCAUGCGUUAUUUGAAUUUUUUUUUUUUAACCCAAUAACUCAUGCACCACUCUGUUUUGUCCCAGAAUGUAAUUUGGUGUUGCAGGAUUGUUUAAACAAUGGUCUUUAAAAGAAGUCUAAUUUUUAUCACUACUUUAACAUUCAGAGCUUGUUCAAUCAGUUGUAACACUCUACUCACCAGAGUGUUUGCUGAGAUCUUUGAGUACAGCGAUGUUGCUGAAAAUAGGUCAGACAUUGCAACAAACAAUCAGACAGGUUGUAAACAAACCUCCAGAUUAGUAAAACUUUUUAGGGAGAGAAAAUGAAGGUGAACAGUAAAAUGGCUAUCCAAACUGUCCAUUGAAGACAUCAAAGACAGUUUACUAUAGAUGUUUAUUAAUAACUUGAUGCCAGGUGAUGAGUUGGUGUCUGUUCAGUUUAAUAGAGUUGCUCCUCUGGCACAAAUGCCAAAAAAAUUCUAGCUCCUGGAUUUAUUUCGGUGAUAUACAGUCAACUUGAUAUGCACAGAAGUGUUUCUCUCGAUGUUCCCAUCCAUGAGUUCCCACUUGGUUAAUAGGCUUUACAUUGUGAUGACAUGCAUUUUUAAAUCACUUUUAUUGGUUCGGGGAAAGCUUACAAAUAUUAAACCUCCAUGAAUCAAAAAUU